AUGGAUAAACAUUUGGAAAAUCUUUGGGACGUGAUCAUUGUUGGUGGAGGUAAUGCAGGAUAUUCAGCUGCUUUGAGUGCUAAAGAAAAUGGUGCUAAACGUGUGCUUAUCGUUGAAAAGUCAAAUAAAAUCAAUGAUUAUCGUGGUGGAAACAGUUUUUUCACAGCUGGCGCUUUUCGAACUGUAUUCGAUGGUUUACAAGACUUGCGACCAAUUCUACAUGAACUUAAUGAUGAAACAGCUUCCUUGAUCGAUAUGGAUCCUUAUACUUCUCAAGAGUUUUAUAAUGAUGUUAUGCGGGUGACAUCGGGUCGUGCUGAUCCUGCAUUGACAGAACUGCUGGUAUCGUCAAGUCGGUCUACUAUUACAUGGCUUGCUCAACUUGGUAUUCGAUUUCGUCUAAGCUUUCACCGACAAGCUUACAAAGUGCAAGGAAGAUACAAGUUCUGGGGUGGGAUGGUUUUAUCCACAGUUAACGGAGGAAAAGGUUUAAUGGAUCAAUGGGAACAAGCUGCAACGCGUCAAGGCAUUCACAUUCAAUAUGGAACUCAAUGCAUUGGUUUGGUAUGUGAACCUAAUCAUAUGAGGGUCUGUGGUGUUCAAGUGCUCGUUCAAAGCAAGUCCUCUUCUUCUUCUUCUUUUCUUCAUGUUCUACGGUGCAAUGGUGGUGUAGUGUUAGCUUGUGGUGGGUUUGAAGCCAAUGCUUCUUUACGUGCUCAGUAUCUUGGUCCUCAAUGGGAAUUAGCUCAUGUUCGUGGUACACCAUACAAUACAGGCGACGGUCUAGUGAUGGCUCAGAGGGAUUGUCAAGCAGCAACGACAGGUGGUUGGAGUUCAUGCCAUUCAACUUGUUGGGAUCUCAAUACAUCACCUUAUCGUGGGAAUCAAACACUGACCAAUCAGUUUACGAAAAGUGGAUAUCCUUUGGGUUUGAUGAUCAAUAGUGAUGGUGUUCGAUUUGUAGAUGAAGGAAUGGAUUUUCGAAAUUAUACUUACGCUUUCUUUGGCAAGGAAAUUCUUAAGCAACCUGGUGGUGUGGCAUAUCAAAUAUAUGAUAACAAGGUAGCGCAUUGGUUACGAAAAGAAGAAUACGAUGAUUCUGUAGUACAGAAAGUAGUGGCUGACACUCUAGAGGAACUGGCAGAAAAGUUGACAAUGGCAGAAGACAUCAAUGGAAAUAAGAAGAAAGGCGCGUUACGCAACCAACAGCAGUUUUUACAAACCAUCCGACAAUACAACGAAUGUGUCUAUGCUCAUCGAUCAUGUGCUCCUCAUCUUGUUUGGGAUCCAGCAAUCAAGGACGGUUUAUCUACUCAAUCUCCAGACAAAUCACUCUCUAUUCCAAAAUCCAAUUGGGCACUACCAAUUGAUGAAGCUCCAUAUAUUGCUGUCAAGGUGACUACUGGUAUUACUUUUACAUUUGGCGGUCUUUCGGUGGAACCUCAGUCAUCUAGUGUGCUUAAUACAAGUGGUAUUCCUAUUGAUGGUUUAUUUGCAUGUGGUGAAAUGGUAGGAGGUGUCUUUUAUGAAAAUUAUCCUGGUGGAAGUGGAUUGAUGCUUGGAUCUAUCACUGGAAGGAAUGCUGGAUCAUCUGCUGCUCGUGCCAGCUUCAAAAAACAAGAACAUAUUGGCAAAUUAUAGUGAAUAAUUUACUGGAAUAGGAUAGUUUUUUUAUUUUUUAUUUUAUUUUUUAUGAUUGAUUAGUAGUAUAAUAUGUCAAUAGG